AUGCCCUCGAUAUUCUCUCCUGCCUCUGAGUCUGCUUCCGCAUUGACAUCGACGGCAUCACCCUCUGCUACAACACCGACAGCCAAUACGUCCAAUACGUCCCCCAUAUCUUUGCCUAGUACACGCCGAUCAACCAGUCAAGUUGCACAAUCUCUCGCCUCCUGGCCCGACACAACAUCGACAUCAAUCUCACCUACAUCCCCUACUCCUUUACCUACGCAUACCCCAUCGUCUGCGGAUAGCAACAACAAAAAUAACAAAAAUAACGCCACUUCUCGCAGAAACGAAUCCCUAUCCCCGUCUCCUGCCGCACAGAAAUCACGCUCUUCUUUUCUACGGCGACUCUCCCCCGGCCUAGCUGCCAGAGUCAAGCUGCUAGACGACUCGUCCAAGUCUACGCCGACAGCACUGACGCGGAGCCGCAGUACGAUUGGUAGGAUUCCGGAAGGCCAUCUCAAAGAGCUAGAUAGUGCACACAAGGACCUCUCAAUAAAAGUACUACGACGCGGCCGAGCCUGGAGUGGUGGGCGCGGUGUCUUGCUGACUCCGGAGCCGGCCUCCUCUCCCAGCGAGCUGGAAUCAGGGAGGCUGAAGGAAGACUGCACUACAACUGUAGACACUACCACCCCCGAAGCAGACAGCAGGGUCUCAGAUCCGUCUGGCCCGUUGCUGACUGCUCAAGUCAGAGAAACAUUAACAGAGAUGUCGGCUGUUCAGGAAGUGCAAACCACUGUGCUGGACACGGAAGCUUCCCAUGGAUCUGGCAGCCCAACGGACUUGGAAAAAUACCUCCGCUCAAGCGUGCAGUCUGCUGAAGGUGCUCCCCCUCCACCACCACCAAAGGACUCCCCUCCCCUGCCAGCUAAUGGCUCGAGUACCAAUGUGGAGUCAUAUUUCAAUCCCCUUGGUCUUUCUCGCACGGAAUCUAUUUACUCCUUUUCUAGAGCCACAUUUAGCAAUCAACUAUCCCAAUUAACUUCCAUCAGCUUGCCCCAACCAGCGUCCCUCGAAGCAAGCAUAAAAGCCAUCUCUACUGCCCCUGCUGCCGUCCGAGCGUUGUCGGGAGCGGCGAGUCAAAUACAACAAUGGAUCGAUAAAGCCUCAGAUGUCUUGAGUGGGCUGGACGCUGAAGACGAUGUUGAAUGGGCAGCUGCGGGCGGCAGAGAAGGACUGGAGGAUGUCGACAAGGCCGUGUCAAAAUUUGAGAGUCUCGUGAAUGUCUAUGUCAAAGCUAUUGAAGAGGUACAGCUGCGCAAUGAUAUUGCGGAUGUCGGGUCCGAUCAGCUCCGGGCUAUCGUUGUCCAGGUGGAAUCAACAUUGAAGAACUGGAAGGGCGUCAAGUCACAGCUGAGAGGUGUUAAGGAGCAGGUUGAGCUUGCUAUGGAGUGGGAAGAGUUAUGGACGAACGUACUUGGCGACGUUGGUAUGGAAAUGGAUAAUUUAAGUCGAUUGAUAUUCGAGAUGGAGGAGAAAAGACACAAAACUAUGAUUACAGAAUCGGAGACAGAGCCUAGCAAUUCGCUUGAUAUCAACGAGCUAGAAACGAUCGUCGAAGAGUCCCCCGCUCACGGGAGCACAUCAUCCUCUUCACAGUAUAAACAUGGCCACGUUUUUGGCGCUGCUCCGCCCCAGCUAGAAGCUCCCACUGUUCAAAAUGCUGAGGAUGACUCUAGUUUACUAGCGUUGUUUGCGCGGAUGCAACCCCUUCGAGCAUCCCUGGCCUUCCUACCCAUGCGGCUUUCAAUGUUUCAGUCUAGAGCGGAGAAGAUAUUCCCAAGCGCCUGUGAUGAGUUAGAGGCUCGACGAAAACGUUUGGAAAAGGGAUAUAAAAAGUUGGAAGCCGAUGCAGAGGCAUUACGGCGGGAAUUGGGAGAGGAUAGAUGGAAUUUGGUCUUUAGGAAUGCUGGCAGACAGGCACAUAAAAUGUUCAAGUCUGUCGAACGGACUAUCAAUAAACUCCAGGAGGCAAUUGAUUCGGGAUUCCACAAUGCCAACAGCGCAGCUUUAGCGAAGAAGAUCGAGAGCUUUGAGAAUAAAAAGGUCCACUAUGGCGAAGCCAUCGACCGCGUGUUGGCAAUCAUUCAGAAGGGCAUCAACGAUAGAUUGACGGUCAAUGGAGAAAUUAUACGAUUACUCGCGGAUCUGAAAGCGAGAUCGGAAGCGAUGAAGGAUAGGAUACGCGUCAUGGAUUCGCUGCUGGAGGACCUCAAUGCUACUAAGAGCCAGCAGUUACGAGAUUCGAUAUCCAGCAUUGUCACCCUGGAUAGUCCUGCUACCCGAAGCGCCAUUGAUACCCCAGAUAGCUCCCCAGCCUCAUCUGUGGUCAUGUCAAGUACCAAUGGAGUCAACAGCGGAGUAGCAUCAAGUAUCAACGGGUCUAGUAGAAGAGGUAGCUCGACAGGUAACCCUAUUACAAAGGCAACUGCAACAAAACUAAAGCGUUACUCUGGACUGCCUCAAGCACCGCCUGCCCCUCGCCGCUCCUCCAUACCCCGCACCACCUCCACUUCGAGCCAUCUAACGCCGCCAUCCCCACGACUCUCCACACUAUCUCCUACGCCCUCCACCCCUCGUCCGGGAUCCCGAAACUCCUAUGGGCAACAAAAUCCUGCGUCUAAUAAACCACGCUGGAACGGUAGCGCUAAUACGAAUGAUCUCAUAGUCGGUCACAAUUUUAAACCACUCAGCCUCACCACUCCAUCGCCACACCGCAAGCUCAACGUCCCCACAAACUCGCGUUCCUGCCUCCCUCUCCCCAGCCCACUCAGCCGCGAGUCAUCCGCGUCUCCCGCCCCUUCUUCACGUCGGCCCUCAAGCCGACUCACAGGCAGCCGCAUCGCCUCGCCUGCCCCAGAUCGUGGUGGUGUCGCGUCACCCACACCCACACGCUCCCGCCUCAUCGGUCCACCCCCUUACAGCAAAUUCUGCAAAACUUCGUCGUCAACGUUGACAGGCCCUUCUCCUGCGCUAUCUAACACGCCCCGCAGCCGACAAAGUUACGCUGGCCAACCGAGUGCGCGAGCGGUAUCGACAAACACGCUUAAUACUAUGGGUGGCAGUGCUGAGAAUGGCGCGAAGAAAGCCGCUACCCGUCCCGGAACCGCAUUGGGCCAUUCAUCCAGACGUACCAGUAUGCUGCCACAGCCACGCGGGUUAAAAUUGGGAAGGGAUAGUAUGGGGUUGUCUUCGAAGGGUUUGGAUGAAAGGCCACCGUGGAGGUAA